AUGUCGAACCAAUACUCAUACUCUGGAGGGGGAGGUGGCUACGGCGCGCCUCCUCCCGGUCAGCAGGGCGGCUACGGACAGCAGCAGCAGCCAUACGGUGGUGGUCCUGGAGGAGGCUACGGCGCACCCCCUCCCCAGCAGCAGCACGCUGGCUAUGGCGGUGGAUAUGGCGGUGCUCCUCCUCCCGGACAGCAGCAGUCCGGAUACGGUGCGCCUCCUCCCGGCCAACAGCAAGGAGGUUACGGUGGCGCAGGCCAGCAGUCGUCUUACGGAGCGCCGCCUCAGGGCUACGGUAGACCACAGGCUUUCAACGCCUCCACAGGCCCUCCCCCGGGAGCCGAUCCGCAGCUGUGGCAGUGGUUCAUCGCCGUCGACCGCGAUCGCAGUGGCCAGAUCAAUGCGCAAGAACUCAGCCAGGCACUCGUUAAUGGAGACUGGACUCCCUUCGACCUGGAUACGGUCAAGAUGCUCAUGAGCGUCUUCGACGUCGAUCGCAGCGGCCAGAUCAGCUUCAACGAGUUUGCUGGGUUGUGGAAGUACAUUCAAGACUGGCAAGGCGUCUUCCGACACUUUGACCAAGACCGUUCGGGCUCCAUCGACCAGAAUGAGCUCGCCAACGCGUUGCAAUCGUUCGGAUAUCGCCUAUCGCCUAAACUGCUUCACAUCGUCACCCAGAAAUACAGUGGCAUGCCUUCAAACGGACCAGCGAGAGCCACGCCAGGCAUCACUUUCGACCGCUUCGUACGUGCAUGCGUCGUCAUCAAGACGCUCACUGAGUCCUUCCAACGCCACGACAACAACCGUUCCGGCUGGGUCCAAAUCAACUACGACACUUUCAUGGAGAUGUGCCUCUCUGCGCCCUAA